CGACAUCUGUGUUUAUUUAUUUCGUUACGAAUGAUAGGUUAAAGUCUGAAAUGGGCUGGAAACAAUAGCGCAAAGGGAAAACAAGUUUUGACGUCGAAUGCAAUUAAAAACAGUUGAAUUUAAUUUUUGUAAGAGGUAUUCAAGGUGAGAUGGAAUCGAGGGGGGAGUCGGAAUUGCAGCAAUUAGUGUCGAGCGACGGUGACUGCGACAAUGAAGACAGCAUAGUGCAAGACGAUAUCACAGACACAACAAUGACUGAGAUCAAAGUGAUCUCUCCUGUACGGAGCAACAAGGUUUCAUCGUCUGGAAACACAAGUCACAGUUCAGCAUCGAGAGGUGGUGGUGGUGGAGGAGGUGGACACAAGAGCAUCAAGAAGAAUAACCACAACAACAACAACACAAACACAACAAACUCCAGUAUACUGUACGUGAACGAGAAGAGGACCAACAACAAAGAAUCAUCAGUGAAAUCGAAUACAGUUAGGCCAAGGAAUCUGCACAAAGAUGCACGUAAAAAAAAUAUACACCACCAUUCAUUUUUAUCUGAAGUUCCUGACGUUCGCCACAUGGAGAGGGCUCUGCUCGGCCUCCUCGCGGAUUUUCACUCGGGCAAGCUGAAGGCGUUCGCCAGCGGAUGCACUAUGGAGCAGAUGACCAGUAUUCGGGAGCAGCAGGAGAAACUGGCCAAGCUGCAUUUCGAUUUGGGUUCGGCCGUCAGCGAGCCCUCUUUGAGCGACGACAGUCUGAGGAAGUCGCACAGCACCAUGGGACAUUUGAUUCAGAGAUUGGAACAGUUGAGUGUUUGCAUUGAGGGCCUACAUACGAAUGACAAAUGAUUAAUUAUAUUUUUCUUCCUUCAUCUCUUCUCCUACGUGUGUGUGUGUGUUUUGUUUUUUGUUAAUUUAUA